GCGCGUAAACGUGCGAUGCAAGGCGGCGGCGCGUCCGAGACCGUGCAGCAGAUCGGGUUCGAGGAGCUGGUGUCGCGAUUGGAUCGCAUCAACGACGUCGUGGUUCGACGACCGUCGACAACGACGACGACGACGACGACGGCGACGGCGACGACGAUGACGACGACGUCGCCGCGAGCGUCGUUGCACCUCGCCGGCGCGACGACGUCGUCUCUACCUUACGAUUGUCCCGUCGCGGGAACGCGCUCGCCCGUCGACGACGAGGAGCAACGGGUGCGCGUGCACAUCGGCAUCGACGAGGAUCUGCGGAUGAUCCUCGAGAUGGACCCGUCGAUCGUCGACGGGACACCCGGGCCUGGCUUGCCCGCCAGCUAUCCCACCGUGGCACGGCCGUUGCGCGCCACGCGACCGCAAGGCUGUCCGCCGACGUUCAAAACAGCGACGCCGACGUCGCGCACGCAAUUGAAGCUGCAACUGAUGCGGGAGCAGCUGCAGGAGCAAGAGAGGCGACAGGCGGAAUUCCGACAGAGCUUGCAGCAACAGAGGCCAGCUGCCGCACCGCCCAGACCAGUGCCGCCUACGCCGUUGCCCACCAUCGGCGUGGAUGUUCCACCGCAAGUAUUACAAGUACGUACGUUGCUGGAGAAUCCGACUCGCUAUCACGUCGUCCAAAAGCAGAAGAACCAGGUGCGCCAAUACCUGCACGAGUCGUUUCGCGGUGGCGAGGGCGGCGGUGGCAAUGCGGUCGUCACAGGCAGCGCCGGUAGCGAGGGCGGCGGCAGGACGCCGGUCGACGCCGGGCCGCCAGCCGUCCCUAUGGUAGUGCAAAGUGCACCACCCGGUCCGCAGCUGCAUCACCCGAAGCCGCAGCAUCCUCAUCUCGCCUCGUAUCCGCACGCCCCCGCGCUGCUGCCGCAUCACCCGGGUAACCCCACGGUGGUCUCGGCGAGCCCGGACCCUACCACCACCGGUACCAUGUCCCCGGGUCUGUCCAGCGUCGCCACCAGCAACUCUGAGGCGGAGGACCUCCUGGACGACAUCCUGUCGUUCGAGGCUGGUUCCUUGGGCGACGGACUAAAGGACGGUCAAGCCGGAAGUCUCACAAAUAUACCGGAGCUUCAAAUUAAACCGGAACCUCUCUUGCUCACCGAGGCGGAGAUUCAUGCUCUCGCUAAAGAUCGGCAGAAAAAGGAUAACCACAAUAUGAUUGAACGACGGCGGCGUUUCAACAUCAACGACAGGAUCAAGGAGCUCGGCACCCUCCUUCCCAAGACCAAUGACCCAUAUUACGAGAUCGUCAGGGACGUCAGGCCGAACAAGGGUACGAUUCUCAAGUCUUCGGUGGAGUACAUAAAACUGUUAAAGAACGAACUCACGAGGAUGAAGCAGAACGAGCUCAGGCACAAGCAACUGGAGCACCAGAAUCGCAGGUUGCUCCUGCGCGUGCAGGAGCUCGAGCUGCAGGCGAAGGCGCACGGUCUUCCGGUUGCCGACUUCAGCUGGGCGUCCACUUCCGCCCUGCUCAACACCUUCCCGAGGAGUAAGCUCGAGCAACGAAAGAUGCCGGAUCUGACGGUGACGGAAGAGGCGACGAGUCUCAGCAUGUCGCAUCUCGAGGACCUCAUGGAGGACGACACCGUCGGCCCCGUGCACGGCGGCGACCCGAUGCUGUCGUCGCCGCACCUGCCACCAUUGAGCCCACCUGCGACCGGCUGUCACCACGGCUUAGCCGACGAGGACACCCUCGGCAGCCUGGCGGUGACCACGUCGAACUCCUCGUCCGAUAUGGACAUCGUCGCGUAGUCGAGAACCACCGUCGUCCAUCAGCCUCGCGCGUGAUCGGAGUCGACUCCCGAAACCUUGGUCGCGCUGGACAUUUUCCGGUCGUCGCUCGAUCGAGGCAGGAUCGAUUUAGAUUUGUGCGAUAGCAGGGGGAGGGGAGGGAAAGAGGGAAAAUGGGUACAAGACGUGCUGCCGUGAUGUGCGAAGUGCGACUUAAAGGCAGCACAGGCUGCUGCCGCCGCGCGACGCCGUAGAUCCUCAUCAUGAAAGGACGGAGAGAGAAUUCGCUCGGCACCAAUUGGAUUUUAUUGGAGUCACCGCGCUCUGAUGUGGAUUUAUCUAAAACUAGUCAUCGACUUGCGGUCGACGAGGAUCGGCAAGAGAAAUGAAGAAGGAUACGCGUGGACGUUGCUUGCCGCGGAGGGGAGAGAAUUCAAGGAGAUCGUUCCGAAUUUUUGCGAUCGACUCGUUGGGCAAACGGACAAUGCUUAAAAGGGCAGUUGUUAUAUCGCUAGAUGUUUACGACAGAUUUGUAAGAGGGAAGUAACGGCGAAAUUCUUUUCAAUUCCGACCUGGUCCAAUGCAAAUUAAGAUAAUUGUUUAGACGAACUAGAAGACUGGAAACCACGGUUAAAAUGUUCCCAUGUGUGUGGAUAUAUUAAUCGCAACUCGGUCGGCACACUUUCAAUUCACGAAAAUAUAUAUACUCAUCGGACCUCGCAGACCUGCCAGUUAUCACGCCAGUGGUCCCCGCAAUCAUCAAAAUAUGCCUAGCGAUUAUUUUCGCGACAAUGCGUCCCUUGGUCAUCUAACGUGCCAUUAAUGAUGCCGGUUUGGAUAGCUCUUCAUUAACCAUGGGUAACGGGAGCGCUUUCAACGACCAUUUCAAGCUGGGAAACCAUCGAGAAGGAGGCCGUAGGAGAAAAUUGCUGUGACAGGAACGUGUCAAGUUCGCGUUUCGCGUCCUUGGAGAUCGAGCACGAGGAUCGAACGUUUCUUGGAUCGACGAUGAGAGGCGAUCGUGCGUUUUUCGGUCGGUCGGUCAGUCGGGCCGAUCGGCUCCCGGGGUCUCUCUCCAAGUGGCCAAGUGAAAGUCGUCAUUGUCGGACGACGACGACGACGACGACGGAGGAGGAGUUCAGGGUCGUUCCAAUUGCGAGGAACGGAGGGCUCGCUGUCACGAUUCUACGAACGGCUGGCCGUUACACGGAUGGAAUGCGUGACGUCUUGAACGCGUGCGUUGUAUAUUAUGUCAGUGCCACGAAGGACGCGCUCCUGUCGCGCUCGAGACGAAGAGCCUAAACGUUCGCGCGAGCCCGAGUCGAUGCGCCCCGCGCGCGACGACUUUGGGAUCAUUGACGAAGGACGAGAACGUCGUCUUCUCGUAUUAAAGUGCUAGCUCACUAUGAUAUGUAGUUCACUAUGAUAUUACUUAAUCGCCGAGAAACUAUUUUCAUAAGUUGCGAGCGCGUUCGCGAGACGUGCCGAGAAAGAUGGUCCGAUAUGGAAUAUUUUUAAUAAAAGAUUUUUCGAGAUUUUCUCCCCGAAUAUCGCCGAUACCGUAUUAGACUCGGUGGAAUAUACAAAACGCGCACGGUGUUAUACGUUAUAGCUUUGGCUCACAAAGUUAUGAAAUAUCAAAUCUGCUAAGGAGACAGCUUGAGAAUGAAUUUCGGGAGUGUAAGCCCCGCUACGCGCAAAAAGUAUUCCAACUGCGAAGAGGUGGGAAUAUUGCGCUGCGCGGUGUUCUAUGGUUCGAUUUAAUCUCUGAUUUAUUGAAAAGUAGCAAUAAUAUUCAAGUGCCUUCGUAAAAAGAGUCGAGAGAGAUAUUUUUGGAAGUAUACCCUUCGAUUUCAGUAUUAGAGCGCGUAUACGCAUAUCCAAGCAAUAUCGAGAUUUCUUAUUCAUAUAGCUAUAUGCGAUAUAAGAUUUAUCAUACACGAAUAGCUCCUAGAAUCUUCGCGGCAAACUUUUGAAAAUUCUGUCUUCAAAAUUGUCGAAUUUCCAUUCGCAGAAUCACACCCACUGAGAAAGUUAUUUUUUUUUAAUUGCAAUCAAAAUACUUGGCACACGUACAUUAUGAUUGGCAAUGCGAAAUAUUUUAUUUGCGCCAAUCAAAUUUAUUGUGGACAGAGCAAAGUUCACAAAUUUAUUUAAAUCAACGUAACCGCAAUCAAAUUAUUUGCGUAACGUUUUACGUUAAUAUCAAUUUAAAAUUCGUCAUUAACGAAACAAUUAUUAUGUUUAUUUUCACUUGUUUAUUUUCUUGGACCCUUCAUUUAGUAUUACUGGAAAUGAUAAUUAAAAAAGAAUUGGUAAUUAUUAUCAAAUUUGAAAUAUUAUUAUCGCAAAUAUAUUUUUGUAGCGAGAACUAAAUAAAAGGAACCACGUUUUUAGCUUACGUCUACCAAAUUUUGAUUACGACACAGCAAAAUAAUUCUUUCAGUGCUCUCUCUUGCCAUUAUAUCAUAAACGACAUUUUCCAGUAGUCAAAGAUACGAUGAUAGAUACAAGCAACAUUGGGAUCACGCUGGAAUGAUAAACUACCGAAAAGUUCGUGAUAAAAUCUCUUCGCGUCAUCCUAAAAUAAACGGGCAUUCGUACAUUGUGAAAGCGUAUUGAGCCGACGAUCUGGGCGUUCGCAAACGUGAAAGUAAGGGAAAAAGAGAGAGAGAGAGAGUAAAGGCUCGCGCGAUUUUUGCCAUUAAUCGUUCGUCGUUCGCGACAAAGGAGGACGUCGAUAUCGGGACGACGUCGAUUCCGGCAGAGACGCGCAACGGAUGAGCGAGUACUAUGUCCAAGUUCGUUAUAAAGUUUGCUUGAUAAUUAUUGUCUCCGAUGGCGUGCACGCCGAGCCGUGUCUCUCGUAUACGCUGCUUGCAGGCAGCGGGACUGCGGCUUGAGCACACGGCGGCUUUUGUGCGACGGGCCUUGAUUUCACCGCCUGCCUCGUCUCGCUUUGCGUUCGCCGGUGUGCUGUAACCCACAUCGCCCGGAUUCCCACGUCGCCUCGAGCCAAGAUCGAUGAUUGCUCGAUCGCUGGACUACCGUCGAUAAAUCGCCGGCGGUUCGUUACGAAAGACGGUUUAAUUAAGGUAUCACCUAUUUUCCAGGUGAGCGAGAGAAAAUUCGAGUAGCCUUAAAAUCGAGCAUUGAUAAGGAUAAGAGACGCUGUAUCGCACAUUUAAGUCGAGCUGUUGGACAGGACCUUAGCGAGUACGACGAUCAAAUUAAUUUUCACGACGAAUUUAAGAAACAGGAAUUCUCUUUUUAUCAAUUACAUAACACACUCUUCUAGUGUGUUUGAGUUUAAAAUUAAAUGAAAUGUUAUUUUAGUAAAUUAUGCCCUAAGGGGAAGAAAGACUACGGGAAUGUUCUCUCGUAAUCGUGGAGAUGGGACUGUUUCUUCAAUUUCUUGCGAAUGACUGUACAUUGUAGAUAAUUUUCCAAUUAGAAAUAUAUAAAUAUUUUAUAUUCUCCAGACGGAGAAUAAUAGUCUACUUGUAGAAUGUUUAAACUAUCACUAUAUUCAACACACAAGUAAAUCGCAGGCGAUAACGAUUACUCGUCAUCUGAAGAGGUCGGUAGGAGAAAAAAAAGACACUCUUCAAAGAGUUUGCGUUUUAAUUUUCUUCUUCCAUUUAUUUUAUACGUGAGUAUAACAUAUCGAUAAAUACAUUUAAACGUUAAUCAUAAUGUAUGACUUUCGCUACGACUGUAGACCAUACGUGACAUUAAUUCACGUAGCUCCGAGGAACUCUUUUUUUCUUGAUUAGGAACGCAUUUUUCCAGGCCGGUCGCCUCAUUUAUCUACUCAGAUUACGUGGAAAGUGAUAGCUUAGACAUUCCAAACGUGGACUAUGUAUGAAAGACCAACACAUUACCUUCAAGUGUGUUCUUAUCGCGUUAAUUCUUACUCACGGACAAAGAACUACAUAUAUUAUAUAUAUUCUCGGUGACUCGUAAACUAUAAGAAAUGCUCGUAAUUACAUUUGAAGAUUUUUAACAAAGAAAACGGCGUCUUUAAAGAGCUUUUCCUUUUUUUUCCUACACGCAAAAAUAAAAAAUGUAUAAAUUGUUUUGGUGAAAACUAUUCGACAGAUCGAUUUCGAAUUUUGUACAUUUAUUCCAAGUAUCUUUAACAAUGUAUAAUAUAAAAAUUGUUAAAAAAUGUUAAUUUAUCUAAAAGAUAUAAAAUGAAGAAUUUAAUAUUACAUAUUUUCGUCAAAAAAUUAGUUUUUUGUCAAGCAAAAAGUAUGUUUGUAAAAAUUUGAGAAUUUGAAAAAUGGGUUCAUUUUUUAGAUAGACAUUGACUUUAUAAUAAAUGCCAAAGCAGAAGUCUAAUAGUUUUGGAGCUAUCGUGCACAUAGACUUUGAAAAUACAGUUUCAAAAAAAAAAUACGUUUAAAAAUACGUUUAGUAUUAUUUCAUACAUAAUUAUUUCUUUUACACAUUGUUGAAGAUACAUAGAAUACUUAAAUGUACAAAAUUUGAAAGCGAUCCGUCGCACAGUUUUUACAAAAAAAAAAAAUCCUAAAAUUAAUCUCACGAGUAAAAAGAAAGGGAAGGGCUCUUUAAGUAAAACGGUGCCAGUUCAGUCGAGACCUCGCUUGUUAGGAGACACUUUAUUGUAAUAAUCGAAGGUACAUAUAUUGCAAUGUAAUGCGAAAUCGUAACCGCCCACGACCUUCUCCAGAUUAAGUUUAGGGUCGAAUCUUCGAUACAAAUGACAUUUAGGAUGUAUAUUGACACGUCGCGAAACCAGAACAAUCAAUGCCGUUCCCAGGACUUUGGGAUAAAGGGGAGAGAAGAGCAAAGUUCUCAUAUCUGUAUAUAGACCUUCCCAUCGAGCUUCCGAGUCGCUCGGAGAGUUGAAUAAACGCGACUUUGGUCGUUCUGGCUUCGAGACGCUCACGUUGUGUGUAAGGUACCUGUAGAAAACGUAUUUUUGUACCCAAUAUGGUAUCCACGCUCGCGCGGGUCGCAAGUUCUUGGUGGUAAAAAUCUGUAAGUUAUCUCUCGAGGGUGCUUCCUCGCGUCGCGGAUCGCGUCAGCGCACUCUGCUACUCUCCCGCAAGAUCUAACGCAAACAAUGUUAUACAAGCCACGCCGGAGAGGCGCGCCGUGUCGUACGCGAUGUGCGUCCGUUUCUCGCGGUGCCCGCAAGCCGUGACAGAACAAACGAGCGAAACGCGUUGCCGCGCACACUGCCGCAGCAACCGUAGCUGCUGGUGCCAGCGGAGACUGCGACGCCCCGAGGCUGAUACGUCCAUUAACAAAUCAUUCCGUUCGCGGCGUAUGAAUUUAUUAUACACACGCGCGCGCGCGCGCAUGAUGUGACAAAUAAUUUUAUAUCAGCGUUGUCAACAUGCGCUCUUGUUGAUUAAUUGAUGAUUAAUUCCAGCUGCGAGAGAGCUCGGCGUACUUCAAAGGGAUGUAACGUACGAAGAAUGAGAUUGAAAGUUCGAAAUGGAGAGCAAGGAAUAAAUUACUAGGCCUUCUGUCCUCGGGCAUCUGAAGAUUAAUUAAAAAAUUGCACCUCGGAUUUUUUCAAGCGUAUAGACGCGAGUGUGUCCGAUAACUUCGAGAUUGAUUUUUCAUGUACCGAAAACCCGACUAGGAGUUUUUGUUUUCUUCUUUCGAUAAUUCCCGUGUUUGACAUUUUUUAAUGAAUAGAUUUUUCCUUUAUUUAUCUUCGAGAUCGAGGGGGUAACCACUUAAUGUGAUCGUGGGACAGUGUCUGCGAAAUCAUUGUGAAAUCUUUACGAAAUUCUCACAUAUUCAUUUUGCAAUUAAAUGUAAUCGUAAAAUCAGAUGAAAUUAUAAUAAAAUUACCAUAUGUAAAUCAGAAGAAAUCAUUUUGGAUUUCUGUGUAAUUCGAAAUCAUGUGUAAUCAUCAUGAAACUUAUAAUGAAAUCAUGUGUAACUAUCAUGAAGUUUGAUGAAAUCAGUACAAGUUUUUGGCUUUUGUAAUUAAUUUUUCAUGUUGUCUUUAAAAAAAAAAGUUAUCAAAAAUUUUUAUUGACUUUUUAUCAGAAAAAUCUUUUAUCAAUCAUAAUGAAUCCCAAUGAAGUCUUGAAUAUAUCUAUUUUCUGAGUGGUUAGCCCUCGAUUUAAUUUUAUUUAAAACAAAUUAGCAAAUAAUACUGUUUCUAGUCAAAUAAAAUCAUUUUUAAUCACAAGAAAUUUGACAAUUACAUAUGCAAUCACGAAAAAUUAUUGUGUAAUCAAAUGAAAUUAUUCGCAAUCAGAUGAAAUCAUAUCCCUACCGGCACAAGAUAUCGUAUGAAUAUUCUAGAAUAUUCUAGAUAUCGUACGAAUAUUCGUACAAUAUCGUAAUGUCGUACGUAUAUUUACACGAUAUCACAAUAUUAGAUAACACGUGCUAUUAAAAAUGAAAUCAAAUGAAAUCAUGUAAUCUAUGAGACAUCUUAGUGGUUACCCCUUUGUUCGAGACCCAAUCUUUCUUCGUUUUUCAAUCGUUCGCGAUUAAAAACACCGCGACGAUCCGAUUUUCGUUCGAAGAAUCCUCGCGAGUGCGGCUGAACGUUUGGUUCCUCCUAGGGCACCUCUGUACCUCGAUCCUUCGAAAUUGAACGUAAGGUCGGCGCGGGAGAAAUUUCGAAUGAUUAUCAAAGUUCGUCGAAUGUUCUUUCGCGAAACCGGGCCAACUCGCAAUUCCGAGACGAGCGACGCGGAAUACGUAACGAUUCGACGAUGACGACGACGACGGGCCAACUCGCAAUUCCGUGCACUCGCCGUCGUCGGACGGCGAAAAUAACGGAGAGGCGCCAACCCUCCGCCGGCCGGGGGGAGGGUGCUGUGUAACCACCGGGGAAAAAUAAAUAAUCCGGGUACACGGUGCGCGCCGAAGGUAAAUACAGAUUCGGCGGCUCGCGAAAAACUUUCUUAUCGGGGACGUGUCCCCGUAAAGGGAGUUUGUCAGGACUUUUUCGCGGGGGCGUGAUUGCUCGCGCUCCGUGCCCCGAGGAUUCGUGCGAAAUAUUCGUCGCGCUCGUGCAAACAUGGGGCCCACGACGCCAAUCCAGAUUUGUCCUUUUUAUCCCACGAUACCAAUUAACGAGAAAUCAGAAGAAAGGACGCGAAUAACGCCGUGUAAGCUUACGAGCUACGAGAUUAAACAUUUGAGUUUGGUAAUUGGCAAAUGAUCUCGCCGAGGCGUAAAACAGCUAAUGUUGACACCAUUUUUCCAUUAUCGGUCGAGAUGGCGGCGCGAUUUUUUUUCUCAAGUCCAAAGCGCCAAGGGCUACCCGGCCGUCUCGCACAACGAAAGUUAAGUAUGCAAUAAUGAUUAGCAGGCGUAACUGGUUUGCCGACGAGCUUCGAAAUAGGUCAUGCCCCGGAGGUACGCCAUUUAGAGAGAGUGCCGCCUACCUUUAAACCCUGAACGAAACUAAUUUCUGCCGGAACGAAAUUUCAGGGCAAUGUGCAGUAGCGCGUUGCGGAAGACGUAUUGGAAAUUUACUCGAACGUAGCUAUUCAUGUGUUUCCGGUUACAACAUUUCCCAGACGCACAUAUUGAUACCACGGAAAUAAUUUCUGAAAUUCAAGGAAGCGGAUUUAAAUAUCGCAUACAUCUUUACACCGACAAGAAAUUUUUUUUUUUUAUUCUCUCCAACUGUUUUUUUUUUCUUUUUUUCACUUCGCUAAAGAUCGUUAGAUUUCCUGUGUUGGCAUUUCAGAGUUAAAUUUAUUUACUCUUUAGAAUUCUCAACAUUUUUCCACAGAAUUUUCAAUUCAAUUUUUAAUUUUACAAGUAAAUUAUACGGAAAUAAUUUCUAAAAUUCAAGGAAGCAGAUUUAAAUGUCGCAUUCAUCUUUACAUCUACGAGAAAUUUGCUUUUAUUCUUUCCUACAACUGUUUUUUUUGUGUACGUUGCUAAAGACCGUUAAAUUCCCCGUGUUGGCAUUUUAAAAUUAAAUUUAUUUAGUCUGUAAAAUUCUCCACAUUUCUCCAUACAAUCUUCAACUCGAUUUUUCAUUUUUUAUUAAUUACUGUCAACACAUUUACAAUUACUAUUGAUAUUAAUUAUUACACUAAACAAGAAAUUGUUAUGUUUAAAUAAAUAUAUUUAACAUUAGUUUUUUGAUUAAAAGAAAUAUUUGCUAAGUUAAAAAAUAAAUUAUUUUAUAUUAGCAAAUAUUUAUUUAAAUCGAGGAAAUCAAGGAAAUUUGAACAUAACAACAAAAUACUUUUUUCAGUAUAUUAAUAUUAAUAUGAUUAAUAACACUGAUCAAACACUGGUCAACUUUCUUUGCUUUGAGAUUUAACAAGUCAUUUCUUAUUCAAAAUUGAUAAUUUAAUAUGGCCGGCAAAAUUUGUAAAAUUUGCAAAAUUAAAUUAUUUAUGUUGGAAAAAAUGUAUAAAUGGCCAUUUAAAAUUUCCUAAAUUUGAGUUUGAAUUUCAGAUUUUCAACUUUAAAAAUAUAAAGGAGUUUUAUCUUGUGGAACCUCUGUUUUUUAAAGCUAAAUGUGCCCAUAGACGGAAUUUAUUAAUUAAAUUAGAUCAAGUUUCAAUGAUUAGAUUAGAUACAACCCUAAAACUACUCUUGUUUGAUUUACUUUUUAUCUUAGAUCUUUUGUUUCAAAUUUUGCAGAAGUGUGUAGCCCAGUCCAGAAUUAUUAAUCGUCGAAAAAUGUCAAAAUUGCAAAUUUUUGCAGUAAAUUUUUCAAAAUCCUGCAUAGAUUCGUGUUAAGCAGUCUAAAGUACAUUCUAAAUGACUUGUGAAAGCUCAAAACAAAUUUCAUUUGUAACCAAUAAAAAAAACUAUUAAACUGGAGAAUUAACUAUAUAAAUUAUUAUAUGCUAUGAAAAAUUGGUAGCGUUAAUAGUAUUUAUUUAACGUUUUUCAAAGUGUGUGCCUUGCCUAAAAUUUCGAGCAGCGAUAUUGAGAAAUUCCAAAGCCGGUUUCGCAUGUACAUUAAUUCGACGUAGACGUAUUGAGAUCACACGUUUCCAUUCCCCCUUUCCGCCUAUUCGGAAACUCAAUCUUCUACACACGCGCGAUUCGUCGCGUUUGAGGUGCCGAUCAAAAUUUUCACGAGUUCGUCGGUGCUGACAAGCUCGCAAAUCGUGCGUCGUGAAUCGGUAUCGUUCGCAUGCAUAACAACGCAACGAGAGUAAAAGCGGGAGAGGGGAAAGGAUACGAGCAGGUGCGACGGUCAUAAAUAAAAAGACAGCGCCGCGAUCACGCGUACGUGUUUGCUCGCGCGUGUAUGUGGGUGCUUGUGUGCGUGCGUGUGUUACGUGCCGAAGAGAGCAAGAUUGAAAAUUCCAGGAACGGAAUACGAGAUGACGCGAGCUCUCUCGCUUCUGCAGCCUCUCGCGACGCGUCGCGUCGGCAUUGUACUACUUUUUAAAGCAUGAUUAUUGAAUUUUGCGACUGAGCCAGGAGAAUCCAUCGACCGACGCGCGCAGUUUCUUCUCGUCACCCGCGUCACUUGACACACGACCCUUUUCUCCUUUCUUUACUCUCAGUUUCUGAAAGUCGGGUCUGCAGCAACUGUAACAUUUCUUCGUAGAAAGCUCGAUAUCGGUAUUUAUUUUGUCGCCCCGUUCGGCGUCCGGGCAAAUGGGUUUCCCCGGCCGAGUUUCACCCAGUCGUUAAUAAAACAUCGGUGCAGAGAGAUCAGGCCGAGGACGAGCACGCGCUCGCAAUGAGCCGCGCGUGUCGCGUGUUUUAACAACGCAUUCGCGCUGUACGUAACAUCCCGAUAAGCCGGUUCCGCCGGCUUUUCCCCGUCGCGACGCGUCGCGUCGCUGUGUGUGCCGCGCACGUUUGUCGUUCAGGGCUCGCUCGCUCGUUGACGACUGAUGGCUAACGGUGUCAUAAGCGUGUCACGCGAACGGCGAAUCUAAAUGCCGCCGUGUCGCAUCGACAACGUGAAGCCGCGUGCACGUAUCGAGGGAGACGAUCGUUAUCGAAGAGAGCCCUGAUUAGCUCGGAUCGAGGUCGACAGUUACGUCGAAUUGUCAUCUCCACGCUCCGCCACACGCUCUCGCGGCCUCGCGGAAAUAGAGAUUGCGGGAAACCUGAUGAAAAUUUUUUUCUCAGAAUUUUUCAGAAUUUCUGUAUAAUUUUAUGACUUUCUCAAAUUUUUUUAUACGAAUUGAAACUUUUUCAGAAACACUCAAAAAGUUUACAUCUUUUCUCAAAAUUUUUCAUACAUGCCAAUUAUGAAAUAUCUCGAGAUUUGUAAGAUGUUUUGUUCCAUAAUUUCUGAUGAAAUGUUAUGAAAUGUAAAAGAGUUUAAAGUAUUUUUUUAGAAAUUAUGGAUGAGGAAUUUCUAGAAUAUUUCAGAAUUCACAUGUAUGAAAAAUUUUGAAAGAAGAUAUCGAUUUGCUGAGUUUUCUGAAAAAUGUUCCAAUUCGUAUAAAAAUUAUGAGAAAAAUUUUUACCAAGGAAUUAGAGAAAAGUCUUAUAGUAGCGGACACGAUGAGAUUUUUUUGCUGUAUCUUUAAAGUGGUUCAGAAUAACUGAUUUUCAUUAAAUACAAUGUUACUCUAAAAUAUUUUUUAUUAGACUAGAGAAUUUACAGUAAAAAAUAUCUGCAAAAGUGUGAGUUAUUUAAAAAAAUAGAAAUAUCCAAUUUUCAUGAAAUUUAAAAAUCGUCUUCCAGCAUUAAAGUUAUCUUUUUUUAUCAAAUUUUUUAAACUUAAACAUAAAGUCUGCUGAUAGAUUAAAUUAAAGUAAAUAUUUACACUCUUAAACUACGUAUCAGUGUCAUUGUUUUUACAAGUGAAAUAGAAUGCGUUCAGUCCUCGAAUGUUACGAAAAUACAGUUUCAUGCUCACGUACUCUUCACUACUAAACGGAAAUGAGGGAUCCUCCAACUAUGUACAUAUGUUGCAUGGGGAGAUACAAUGUUAACAGGCAUUGCAGUAAAUUGCUCCUAGCUAGUGUUAAAAGCAAUUGUCCGGUACUGUAAGAUGGCCGAUACUACAAGACUCUUCUCUAUGCUCAGAGAGCAUCCGGCAUGUGUUUCUCGUCGAAUUCUCUCCAGACGCAGUCCUUCUCCCACGACGCAAAAUUGUGCGCACACGCCUUGCAAGCAGUGUGGAUAAAUCUCCGGAUGUCGAGCCGUCUCGCGAACGAAAAAGCGAAUAUCCCGGGCCAAUCUCGUAUCUCCAAGCGCGUGUAAGUCAAUACUCCCGGAAUGCGAAAAGGCGUUUUCCGCCGUGCGAGAUCGCUUCGACACGCGAGGGGAGAGAUCCCUGAUCUCUCUCGACUUUCUGCAGACCCCUCUCUAUGAUAACGUGUGAAGUGCGGUAAGGUAAUACAACGGAUAUAAGCAAAUAAGUGCGACGUAGGAAGGAGCGUGCGAAGAAUAUAUAUUUUCGGAGAUAUUUUAUUGCGAGAAGGAACCCUGCGCGCUGCAAUAUCGCCAGGUCUUGUUUGUGCAUCUUAUCCCCCGAUUCUUCAUCUUUCUAUUUAAGAUCUUUCUUAAUCCAAUAGUUGUUUGUGUUUUUAUUUGUUAUUUUUUUUCGACAAAUGUAUGUAUGUGUAAAAUGUGCAUCCCUGUAAGCGCUACAAUAUUCCUAGAAUAUUAUACGAAUAUCAUUAAAAAUAAUAUUAAAAUAAUAUCCCAAGAAUAUUAUUCCGAGAAUAUUAUUUCAAAAAUAUAAUAUUUUUUAAUGUUAUAGGAAUAUUAUAUAAAUGUUAUAUACGUCCGUUAUAUAUAAUAUUUGUGGUUAUAUUACUUUAACAUCCGUGGAAUAUUAUGAAAAUAUUCUACUAAUAUUAUUUUUGUUCAAAAAUUAACGUGAAUUAUUAUGCUCAAAAUAUUCAUGAUCUUAUUACAUUUAAACGUUAUAAUAUUCCCGAUAAUUUAAAACAUUGAAGUAAAUAAUAUUAUUUACUUCUCAUAAUAUUCAUAUAACAUUAUCAGGGGUGGACAUGUAAUCACUUUUUAUUAAUAUUGAAUAAUAUUUCAGGAAUAAUAUUUAAUAUUAAAUAAUAUUAUAGCGCUUAUAGGGAUAUGGCAGCAUAUACGAAGGAAAUACGAAAGAGAGAAAGAGAGAGAGAGAGAGAGCGCCCGAUGAGGAGAGAGAACGAUGUUAUCACUUUUCAUAGUUUAAUUAUUGACAAUGCAAAACAGACAGAUGCGUAUAAAGCGAAUAAUGUUAAUUAUAUUAAUAAUAAUAGUAGUAAUGAAAAUUAUCGUUAUUGUUGCGUCGUUAAUGUUACCGUUGUGACGAUUAUAUUUUAUCAUUUGUCAUUGUUGCACCGACGUGUUACCGACGACGAUGUCUCGUCUCGAUGCCCCGAUGACUAUUCAUUGUUAUCAGUUACUAUUGUGCAAUUAUUAGAACGUACAAUUGCGAUCGUGUAAUCAUACGAUCGUUAAAUGAGCGAUGUGCGACGAGCCGGACGAAUUUUGGAAUUGUGUUACGUCUCGAUGGUGAUUCGUCAUAAUGGCGAAGCGAACGAAUUGCGUUACAUUAUGCGUAUGUUUUACCUGCUCGUUGUUACUCGCGAUAUACGCGGCUGCAAUUCGCGUAGAAGCGAAUGUAACGCAGUGUGCCUGACAAAACGAAGAUAAAGGAUGACGUUACUGAAUCAUAAA